GAGCUCAUUUGCAUAGCGAGCCCCGCCCCUCUGCCGACGUCACCCGGGCUCCGCAUCUGCUGCAGUCGCUGCGGGGAGGAGGCGGCGGCGCGAGCGCGGCAGAGAUGGCGUCCGCUACCGACUCCCGCUAUGGGCAGAAGGAAUCCUCGGACCAGAACUUCGAUUACAUGUUCAAGAUCCUGAUCAUCGGCAACAGCAGCGUGGGGAAAACCUCCUUCCUGUUCCGGUACGCCGACGACUCCUUCACGCCCGCCUUCGUCAGCACCGUCGGCAUCGACUUCAAGGUCAAGACCAUCUACAGGAACGACAAACGCAUCAAACUGCAGAUCUGGGACACGGCCGGGCAGGAGCGGUACCGCACCAUCACCACCGCCUACUACCGCGGGGCCAUGGGCUUCAUCCUCAUGUACGACAUCACCAACGAGGAGUCCUUCAACGCCGUGCAGGACUGGUCCACCCAGAUCAAGACCUACUCCUGGGACAACGCCCAGGUGCUGCUGGUGGGGAACAAGUGUGACAUGGAGGAUGAGCGCGUGGUCUCCUCGGAGAAGGGGCGCCAGCUCGCCGAGCACCUGGGGUUUGAGUUUUUCGAGGCCAGCGCCAAGGACAACAUCAACGUGAAGCAGACCUUCGAGCGGCUGGUGGACAUCAUCUGCGAGAAGAUGUCGGAGUCGCUGGACACGGCCGACCCCGCGGUCACCGGGGCCAAGCAGGGCCCCCAGCUCACGGACCAGCAGGCUCCCCCUCACCAGGACUGUGCCUGCUAGGGGCCAGCCCCCCCCCUAAAACCCCC